GGAGGAGGCGGAUGGCGGCGGGGCGAGGGCGGCCGUGGCUGCUGCUGCUCCCGGCGGCGCUGCUGAGCUUCCUCCCGCCGGCGACCACGCACCCGAGUGUGACACACCGUUACGAAAAUGUUAAAGUAGUGGAGAUAUCUGUGCAGCCAACUGCAGUUGAAGGGAUUGUAUCAGAAGGAAAAGAUACUGUUGAAGUUCAGCAACUUUCCAACACAGGUGAAACUGCAGCAAAAAAGGAAGAGCAAACUUUGAAUGAUCUUGUGAAUCUUUUGCAAGAUGUGGUAAAAAAUAUCCCCACAGAAGUUGUAUUGUCAACUGAACCCCCUCCAACUUUUUUGGCACCCGAAAUGGCAACUUCUCCAUCUGUAGCAGUGGACACUGUUUGGGUAAAUGUGCACCCCCAAAGUGAGAAGUCCCAGUCAAUUGCCUUGAUGAGAACGGAUACUCCAACUACAACAGCCUUUUGGAAACUCAGAAAUGACUCAUCUGCAUCUGUUAUCCUGCACCCAAGUCCCUCAGAAAACCUCCCACAUGAGACAAGUGAGUCUGUUAUUCUGAUUUCUGAAGAGUCAACUCCAGGAGACACACUGAGCACUAUUUCCAUUCAGUUGGAAAAAGAAUCAACCACUAAGAAAGAAGGUAAGAAUUUUGAUCAGUUAACAAAUGGAGCCUUGGCUAGUCUAGUGGAAUCUCUAAGAAAUGUACAAAAGUUACAUAGGACGCUAGACAAUAAUGAACUACAGCACAAAAGCCUUCCAGUGAAGUUGACUCAUCAUGAGUCUAGAGGCUUAGACAUCUUAGAAGCAAUUGAUACACUAAUUAAAACCAUUAAGAAUGCACCAUCCUCUGUUAAAGAAGACCCAGCUCUUCAUGAGUAUGUUGAGGAAGCUGAGGGUUACUUAAAAAAUGCUCUGGAAUUAGCAGGGGAGGCAGAGAGGAAGCUGUUGCAGAAGAAGGAGCAGGAGAUGAAACUUGACAUUGAGCUUCUUAAUCCCCCAUCAACAGCUCCACCUGUAACAGAAAUGAAGCUGGACAUAGAGCUGCCUUCCUCCCUCUCAUCCGAAGCAUCUGAGACAGAAAUAAAGCUGGAUAUAGAGAUCACUCCUUCCCCAUCAACACCUCCAGCCGUCACGACAUCUCCUUCCCCAUCAACAGCUACAUCAGUAUCGGAAGUGGAGAUCGUUUUGCCUGCAUCUGAGUCUCUGGAAAAGAAAGCAGAAGACACCGAAAAAGAAAUGGGGAAAUUAAAAGCAUUUAUUAAUUUAUUAUAUGGCUUUAGCCCCGAAUUAACAGAAUAUGCAGAAAAUUCACCACAUAAAAAGAUGGCUCAGGAUAUGGUUGAAAGAUCAAUGGAUGUCCUGGAUGCCAUAAAGAGUGUUUUUUGCGGAAAUCCCAAAAAACAAAGUAAACAGAUUUUGAAGCAUUUGUUACAGAAAGACAUGGAGCUCGUAAGACAAGCCAUGAAGGAAAAAAGAGCCUCUUAAGAUACGUUUACUCCUUGGUACUGUAGGUUUUUAUGAACAAUCAAGAGGUCUGGUAUCUUAAUUGUAACAGCUAUUGAAAUACACCUGUAGCCUUUUUCAUGCCCAAAAUUAAA